GCCGAGAGACAUUCAGUCCUGCAUCGGUGCACUGCCUUCUUUUAAAGACCGAUCCAAUCCGAAUCCGGCCUAUGUACCUCCGUAAUCUGAUGGUUAAGAAUCUUCAGAAGAAGUGAUGGCUUUCUGUCUUGCUGGAUGGCACAAAGUUAAAACGAGAGCGAUUCAAAACACUUGCAUCGCGAUGCGAUCCGGACAGACAACUUCUUGGGGGAAAUGGAAACUUGAUGGAUAGUGGCAUAUUUGGAUAUGAUGGUAUGCAAUGUCUAGAGUAGUUGCAAGUUGUAGGUGCAAGUUUUCCAGGUUUCCAGAUGGAUGCUCUGGGCAUCCAUCGAUCGAUUUCUACCCCUGUCAGCCCGGUUUGAUGCUGGGAACUGCGCACAGGAUGCCUGCAGUCCUCCGUAGCCCAAGAAAUCGGACGAGUCCGAACAUCUUUUUUUCUGAGACACCCCAGACACCCACGCCCGGCGCCCACACACGCCCAGUACUGCUUCCACAGUUGGGUUCGCAACACUCGUUUGCUGGCUGUCGGGUUCGUUGCUUAGUUUAUGUUAUUCUGUUCCUUGUGAAUCCGUUCCUGCCAGUUUCGCACACCGUCUUCACUCGUUUUGGCGGUUUGCUGCAGUCGUUGCUUCCACAUCAUCCCUUCGUCACUGUCGCAAUUCCUAAUUUUCGGAAAGGGGCACAGUAAGGGGAAGCGGGCGCCGUGUCUCUAUUCCCCCCGUUGCCGCCGCGACGAGCUGCAUCUUGGGAGCAAGCCCACACCGAUUUGUCCGAACAACGCUCGCUCUCACGCCCCUCUCUCUGCACGUUUUCCGGCCGACCUGCAGCGUUUUUGUU